UUAAAAAGUAUGCAUCCAUCUUCUCCCCGAAAUAACGUGCAUCAACCUUUUCUGGCCCAAAUUGAGCCCAUACCUUGGCAAACCUGGAUGUGCCUUGAUGUUUGACGCUUUCCUACCUUUCCUCAGCAACCUAAACUUUAUCUGUCAGUGAGGGGAGAAAUUCACAGUUUGACCCAAUAUCCCAUCAUCAUUUUCCUGUCAGGAUGGACCCAGGCCCGCCCCCAUCUCCGCCCUUGAUCGACCUCACCCAAUCCGACGACCUCGCCCAGCCCGUGUCAGGUUUUUUGCGGGUCCGGGACUUUGCCGCCAUAGAUAGCCUCAACCAACCCACAGUCGGGUCCACGCCGACCACGCCCACAUCGACCCCCUCAGCCGCAGCCAAACGGCAAUCGGUCAAGGCUGAGGCGGGUCCAGAGCCGGAUUUGAUCCAGACCUCGAUACUUGAAGCCGCGGAUGACCGUCAUUUGGUUUUAGUGUUGCGGAAUGGACCGCACGCGCGGCACAAAUACGUGCGGCGAGUGGAAUGCGGGAACUACCCGGCUCAGAUCUUCUUACCCGAGGAGAUGUUCCAAUCCUUGGAACGGGAUCAAGUAUCGUGGAAUAAUGUCCAAUACAAGGUGAUCCACCGGGUAAAUGGUGCGCCUUUCACCCUGAAAUUUACGUUUCCCUCGCCAUUUUUGCGCUCUGUGAUGGUGCGGGCGCCCCAAAAUAUGGCCGACGUGUUGGAUUUGAUGACGGAAAACCGUGCCUUCUUGCUGACGAUUAAAAUGUUAUGGCAGAUCGAUCAAGAAUAUCAACGGACGACGAACCAUAGGUUUAUUCUUUAUGCUGAACACACCAUGUUCAAAGUGCUCUACUUUGUGGAAUGCUUGGAGAAAACAUUGAGGAUGCGAAAGGUGUUUUCAUAUCUGAAAAACCCUGAGAAUGAUGUGACUCCAGAGGAUCGUCGAAAGGUCCGAGAAGACCUUGAUGCAGUCCUGAUGUUCUUACGAAGAGAGUCUCUGGUAGCGAUCGUGCAUGAAGAGGAGCGAAUGUACAAACUGUCACAGGGAGUGGUCAAGAACUACCGACGAUUGUUGUUGGACUAUGUCCGGCUCGUCAAAAUCCGGAUGAGUAAAAUCAUAGUGGAUGAAGCCAGAGUUCUACCCAAGUCCAUGGCCGUUUUGGCAUCCCCUCAACAACCGCGAGGUACGGAGCCUCGGUCUUCUAUCAGCAUUUCACUGACUGCCCAACCCCGGUCUGAUUGUCCCCUUCAGCCUGUCCAGACCUCCUCUUCUACUCCCCACUCAGACUCUUCUUCUGCUGCCCCUGUUCCCCCAGUGGCUGCUCCUCCAAGUGCUGUCACGCCUCUCUCAGACCGAUCUUAUUCUAAUCCUACCACCAGUGCGUGUCGUGUGUCAACUCUCUCUCCUCCUCCCGCUCUUGCCCCUCUUUCUCCUAUCCCUCCUUCUCCUGUUACUCCCUCUCCUGCCCCUCCUCCUUACUCUACUCCCACUCCCUCUUCUUCGUCUCCUCCCCCUCCUUCUAAGACGACCAAUACGACUAACCAAGUCUUGCCCGUACUAAGAGCCAUCAUCCCGCAGGCUCCUCGCCCCAGUCCUAUGAAAAGUUCUUGUGAAGUUGUCUGUCCUUUCUGUCCUUUAACAUUUCAUCACGCCACAUAUUUCUUUUUCAAACAUCUUGGCCUCUACCAUCUUCCCCCGCUCAAAGAAUUGCAAAUUUGCGAUAUGAAGAAUUGCAAUUACCAGAUCCUCGGUCGGGUUGAGCAUGUCCGACAUCUACAAUCUCACACCAAAAGUUCGUUGUUCAUUUCGAGUGUGAAAAAGUUGGGUCAAUUCUUAUCUGAAUUCGAAAGAGUCGAAGAUGAUAUCUUGGAGAGCUUCAAGGGGCUCAACAUCAAUAUCUGUCCAAUAUGUCGUAUUGCUAUUUCCAACCAAUCCGUCUUAGAGGAACACAUCAUUUUGACACAUCUCCUAUCCGAUAUUCUCCCUCACAUACCGCCCAAAAACUCUGCCGAAAGUCUGCACAAUUGCCCAAGAAUUACUUGCAAAAGGACAUUCACCAACAUCUUGCAGCUGGUCAUGCACUUGGCCAGUGAUCAUCAACUGGCAUACGAAUUUGUGCGCUUUUGGUCGCUAGAGGGUACCAAAAGUGCCAGCACCACCACCAUUGAAUGCCCAUUUGAAGGCUGCAAAUCGACUUUUGACUCACACCCUGGGAGAAAUCUCCGCUUGUGCAAGCAUUUGUCGGAUCAUGUACCCUACGCCACCAAAAACUCUUACAAGCAACUCCACCGUAUUCAGGAAAAAGAACAAGGAGUGAAAAAAACCAGUGCGACUGAGGAUAUGCAUGCCAAUUUGUGUUGGGUCAAAUCUCUGACUAUGAGUGAGAUGAAAUCGAAGUCAGGGCAUAGAGUGUGGGAUGAGUCACUUCCAAGCAAUUGCCACAUGCACUUGUGCUUGAUGUGCGUUAAUUACAAGCAUCAAGCCAAAUACUUCCAUAGCCAUCACGCCCUUCUGUUGCACUUGAUUGAAGAGCACUUCAAGGUUACCUUGACCAAGGAAGUUUAUGGCAUCCAUAAAGACCAAAUUGAGCAGAGUCAAAGCAGCCAGAUGAUCAGGUGUAGCAAAUGCGCAAAGUCAAUUCCGGCAUCCAGAUUUAUUUAUCAUUUGAAUUUGUUGCAUGAGGAAGUGUUGAACUUGGUUCCAAAACACUUAUCCUACAACUUUAAGUAUCUAAACCAGGUGCACCCUCCCAAUCAACUCUCUGCACUCUCAUCCUCAAAACCUGGAGUGAGUUUACUCCGAACUGAUUCUGGGUUGAAGCCCUCAAAAACGAACCAGGGGCAGAUCAACAGCAUGAGCAUAGCGCUUCAAAAGUUUUGUGCCCAACGCCAAUUAGCACUAGACAGUUUGGAAUUGGUGCAAUUGAAAACCUUUGCUCAAAUGCACAUGAAAACUGAACAAGUAUCCAAGGAUGAUCUUGAGAAGUUUUUGGCAACCUUAUCCCCAGGGCUCUGUCAAAAAAUCAGUUCGCAGGAGGUUUGCCAACUACGGGCUCUUUUGCUCAAAGAGCCAGAGGGACCGUCCCAGCCUACAAUAGACUUCCAUGAGGAAGUUCACUCGGGAGACAAUUCUCCAUUGGUAAUGGUCAGCCAAAGACUUGAGGAUGAGAUUCCACUAACAGAGUGGACAGGGGAAAGUUUUCCCGUGGUGUGUAAAAAUUGUGGUAUCGAUUUCAAAACCAUUCAGGAACUCUUCAGGCACCUCCAAAUACAUCACACCAAUCCUCAACUGGAACAUUACCUGCUUUGUAAGAGCUGUCGAACCCGGUUCCGAAUUGCACCAUCUGAGACCAAAUACUUUGUUCUACAUGUUUACUCACGAGCUCAUCUCUUUCAUCAGUGGUCCCAUUGGCACAAAGGGGAUUUUGGAAAGAGAAUCUGUAAAAACCUGGACAAAGAUUUCUUGCAGGUUUGCACACCUACGAUUUCUAAACAUUGCGAGCCUUGCAAUGAAAUUGUAACAGAUUUGCCCACUCACCUGGAAAGCAGAUCACAUUUGGCUUCGAUUCAAAUCUUGAAUGCUUUUGUGAAGUACUGCAAGGGUAGAGCAAUUUGCCCGCUCACGGCGUCAGUCAAGGAUGUGAAGCUUUUCUUUGAGUUAGUGCACCAAGGACUCACUCAUAUUGAAGUAAACUUGAAAAGGGUCUUGGUCACUCUCUCCAAUGUCCGGUACAAGGACACGAAAGAAGAGUUGGGGACUUGCCAAGCGAUUCAGGAUCACAUUAAGAACCUUACCUCGACCAAACUUGAAGACAGAAAGUUCAUUCGUUUAUUGUGCUAUGCUUGUCCUCAUGAGAGUUAUAGUAUCGACAACAUGUUGGACCAUUGUAGAAGUGUGGUACAUGAGCUCAACACCCGUCAGAGACUACAGAGUGAUAUACCGGCUUCCAUUCAAUGCGUCUCAUGUGAUAGGAACUUCAAAGACGAGCUGCAUCUCCGUCUACACGUGUUCUCGCCUCACCAUCUUGGCCUUGGCCAACCUGGGCCCAAGGAUCAUGUUGCAACAGUGAAGACGACAUCUUCAAAAGAGACGUCCCUGUAUUGUUAUUUAUGUCAGGUAGAUGUCAAUGACAAGGCACACCUUGACACACCGAUACAUUUGGUAAAUGAACAACAUACUUUGAGCUACUUGGAGUGGUGUGAAGUGUCUCAGACGAAUCCUGUGAGUUCUACCCAUGCAGAAAUCAUGAAUUACUUCGAUAAAGUUAUUCGAGGCAAUGCAAAGUCACUCAAGUGUAUCAAGAGUUUGGAAGUGGUGGAUUGUAUCCAUGAAGAGAUCCGCAACACCAGGAUUAUCAACCAACCGAGUUUGGUCCAAUAUGCUCAAGCGGUGGAUCGAUUUAAUGGCAACAAAGACGUUCAAGUCACACCGCCGAGCAUUUCCCAGCCAGAACCCUCUCUUCAAAGUGAACCAAGCGACCCAAAACCAAACGAUGAGUCUACUCCAAAGACACUUCCAGAGAGAGUUAUGAAAAAUGUUAAACCAUUAGUAGUCAGAUUGAGGGCAUUGAAUACCCAGACUUUAAAGCCGCCCACUCUUGGGCGAAAGUCCAAUCCCAAUCCAUACUCUCGGGUGGUGAAGUCUGUCCCUGAAGUAACCACGUGUCCAAAAUGUGAGGAAAAGUUUGAACAUGCCACCCAUUUGUUGUUGCAUGUAGUGAGUGAACAUAAGUGGAACGUCCGGGACUUUUUAGUGGACUAUUUUGCCAAGGAUGUGGUGACUUGUCUGACCUGCUUGAGACAAUGUGCUUCUCACAUGAUUUAUGCCCUCCAUCAAGACCGUCAUCACAAUUACACGUCUUGCUCUGAUUGCAAGAACAACUUCAUCACUCCCAGUCAGUAUUAUAUGGAGGACCAAUGCAGAAAACACGAUAUAACCGAUGAGGCCAAAACCAAAGUGAAGAUUUGCCUGGGCAAGUACCUGAUCUCCGAGAAUCAAGAGGAGGCUGGUGCCAGUGGAUCUUGUGUCAUUGGUUCCAAAUUUUACCAGAAAGCCAACGAAAUGGGUGGGACUUCCAAAUCAUCUCAAAAACCAACUGGGCCCUUGGCUAAAACGUUUCACGGAGCCAUGAAAGGCUGUCCGGACGUGGUGAUUUCAGAGAAGCUGAGGCGGACUGCCGAUGCUGCUGUGAAUUUAAGGGGUACUGUUAAGGUACUAGAGCUAGGCAUAACAUCAGCACCCAUGUCCAUGGGUCCACGUUCUGGUGCAAAAAGGAAAAAGUCAACGGAUGAGGUCCAGUUAAGAUCCUCUAAGAGAUUCAGAAUGAAAACUGAGGCGGAAAGUGAAAGUGAUACGGAACUCCCCAAUGACAUGUCAGAAACAUUCAUCAAUCCGAUUCAGUGUCCUCUAAACAUCCAGAUCAAAUUGCAAAUCGACGAUUGUGGAACUUUCAUUUGCUCUGAAUGCCAACCUUGUGACGAGAAGCCUUUCUUCCAUUUGAAUCAAAGCUAUAAUGUGAUUUCUUCGAUGCAUGAUUUGGCCACUCAUGCCACCAAAACUGGACACAGUCGAUUUCAAAACGUGUCCUCUGUCUUCACGAAGAAACCUAAGGUCGUGUUGAAAGACUUGGCCCAAGAUGAGAAGAUGGGCAAAUUCUUUCAGAAAAUUCUCACUAAUCCAUUAUUGAAGAGUUGACAUCGCAAUCUAUCUUACUUCACUAGUCGUUGUAAGCCUACGAAAUGGAAGAAUGCUCUUGCCUUACAAACAUUUGAAGAGAUGGCCACACCUAUUUUACAAAGCAGUAUGUUGGAAUAAUUUAAGCUAGAUCAAGUUGAACUCAGAAUCGAAUAAGUCUCAACAUAAACACAAAUGUAUUAGAAGGUUGAAUAUUAUGUCUUUUUUUACUUCAGAUCUCAUUUCUGGUAGGAUUGUACCAAAUCCCUUGGUCGACCUAUCAUUAGAAUAUAUGUCUGUGCAAUAA